UCGGUAGAUACUAUAGAAAAACCAAAAUAGAAAAGAAAGGACCCAAGAUGAGGAGAGAGAGACAAACCCGAGAAAGAGAGAGAAAGAAGAAAGGAAAAAGUAAAGUGGCUCAACACCAACAAACAACAGUCUCUCUCUCUCUCUCUCUCUCACUUCAAUUUGUUUGUCGCCAAAACAAAAUUAAAAAUUACAGAGGGAACGAAGAAGAAAAAACAACCUGACACGUCACCACCCCCACCGAAUUUCGGUUCUAAAAGAAAAAUAAACCGAUUUCUAACUACAUUUCUCUCCUUUCUGGACUUCAUUUUUGUGAUAUUAACUCCACAUUUUUCGUCUGCUUUUUUCAAUCUUUUCUUUUUUUCCUGUUUCCACGACAGUUGACCUAAUAUGCCAUUCCCUUAGAAAGAAAAGAAAUUAAAUACAGGUAUAUAGAGGGAUUUGUUUUUCUAAAAGAAAAGGAAAGAAAGAAAAUGGGGAAUUCAUUUGGAUGCUCUGCCUCCGGCGAAAGAUUAGUAUCGGCUGCAAGGGAUGGGGAUUUCGUAGAAGCAAAGAUGCUAUUGGAUUGCAAUCCUUGUCUCGCUAAGUACUCCACUUUUGGCGGUCUUAAUUCUCCUCUCCACUUCGCCGCCGCUAAAGGCCACAACGAGAUUGUCGCCUUGUUGCUUGAGAAUGGAGCUGAUGUGAAUUCAAGGAAUUACUGUGGACAGACAUCAUUGAUGCAAGCUUGUCGAUAUGGACACUGGGAAGUUGUACAGACUCUUCUGCUCUUUAGAUGCAAUGUUACACGGGCUGAUUAUCUUAGCGGAAGGACUGCUCUACAUUUUGCAGCUGUAAAUGGGCAUGCAAGAUGCAUAAGGCUAGUUGUUGCUGACUUUAUUCCUAGCUCUCCUUUUGAAGCUACGCAUUCUCAGCCAGAAGUGGAUCCUGCAGAUGCAUCCAGUGCGAAGCACAAAUUUGACCAAUGUGCACUGUCCAAGUUUGUAAAUAAGGCGGCUGAUGGUGGUAUUACUGCUCUUCAUAUGGCUGCAUUGAAUGGAUACUUUGACUGUGUACAGCUUUUGCUUGAUAUUCAUGCAAAUGUGUCAGCAGUGACAUUUCAUUAUGGAACUACAAUGGAUUUGAUAGGAGCUGGAAGCACUCCUUUGCAUUAUGCUGCUUGUGGGGGAAAUUUAAAGUGUUGUCAGAUCCUUAUUGCUAGAGGUGCCAGUCGGAUGACAUUAAAUUGCAAUGGGUGGCUGCCAGUUGAUGUUGCAAGGAUGUGGGGCCGCCAUUGGCUUGAACCAUUGUUGGCCCCAUAUUCUGAUUCAGUUGUGCCAAGAUUUCCUCAUUCUAAUUUUUUAUCAUUGCCGCUUUUGAGUGUGCUUAACAUAGCAAGAGAAUGUGGGAUGCAGUGCUUGACGACCUCCUCUGACGACCCUGAUAUUUGUGCUGUUUGCCUGGAGAGAGCAUGUAAUGUAGCUGCUGAAGGGUGUAGACAUGAACUUUGCGUAAGAUGUGCACUGUAUCUCUGCUCAACAAGCAACAUUCCUUCUGAAAUGGUAGGCCCGCCUGGCUCCAUUCCUUGUCCUCUUUGCAGGCAUGCUAUUGUAUCUUUUGAAAAAUUGCCUGGUUCCCCGGCUAAGGAAAUCAAACUUCCUUUGUCCCUUGGCCUUUGUACCCCAUGCAUGCUGCACUCUCGUGAUACAGACGGGCAAUCUCCAGCAUGUGUACCAGAGAUUCGAAAGAAUCGUGUGGCUUCAGUUUCUUCUGAUUUUCUCUGCCCAGUUACUUGUAGCCCCUUUCCUUCCGUUGCAAUCCCUUUAUGCACCUGCAAUGAUGGCCCAUGUCCAUCGUUUGAACCUCGAACUGUAGAAACACAAGAUGAGUCUCCUCGCGGUUCACAAGCAACAUCUGUAGAACAGGAUAAAAUUGAAGGUCCAAGACUAGAAAAAACAAGCUGUUCAGGGAUGAUGUUUUGGGGCAGAAGAAGCUGCAGCAGAGAGCAUCAGUGCAAUUCAGAGAUAAAUGCAUGACUUUGGGGUUUGGAUUCUGGAAAUUCAGUAUUUCAAUUGAGAUAUGCACGUUUCCAAGGUGGUGUGAUAUUUGGUCAAACAGGGCUCAAACAUUAAAAUUUUUCAAAAUCCAUGUCUGCUUCCAGUUUUUGUUUUGGCCGGCUACAUGGUAAUGGAUUGGGUUUGAGAACAUGGCAGUUGACUGCCAUUUAGAUGUCCUCUUAAUAUAUCUGGUGAGGGUUGUAAAAAUUGUAUGGGGUGAGGGCGGUUGAUAGAUUGAUUGUAAUUGAAUGUCAUUAAGGAUCAAAUAUCUUUUUUCUUCU